AUGGUCAUAGACGAUGGCCAUAUGACAUCUAUUAUGCAAGCUGGCCAGAGAAUGUGUGUGCGAACAAAGUCAGUGCUGCGGUCUCGUUUGCUACUCAAAUUUUCUACAGCAGUCCGUCAGGAAGAACUCGCUGUCGAGCUAAGCAUGAAUUUGCUUUCGUGUUUGGAAGAAGAAGAUCUUUACGAUGAAGACUUUGUUCCAGAGAUAUUAGAACUCUUCAACGCCAUUGCACAUGCCGGAGGUGGUGGUCGAGAGAAAUAUGCGUUCAUUAAUAGAGCCAUACUAUACUCGAGCUCUCCAGAGCAGCCUUACGGUGAUGUACGUUUACAUCGAGCUGCAGCAGAUAUGUACUGGAGAGAUGGGCGCUACGGAUUGUGUCAGGGACAUUUGAUCUUCUGCAAAGAUGCACCGGCGUUAGCUAUGAUGUUACGUCAAUGGCAGAAAGAAGGAUAUAUGCGGGAGAGACCUCUCUUUUGGUUAAGAGUGGUAUUACUACUUCUCUGUUUGAAAGACACAGAGACCGCUGAGCAUGUACUUCGGCUUUCUGAACAAGACUGGAAUUCUCCAUAUGUGCCAGCUCCAUUUCAGUUAGCGUACCUGUUGGUGGAGGCAUGCAAAUCCAAAGACCAGAGGUUUUUUUUGCUGUUGCAACAUAAGUAUCAUUUGAUAUUGAGAAGAGAUGAAUUUUUCUUCAAAUGCUUGAAUGAAAUAGAAAAACGUGUAAUCGGGAGACACCUGCAGCAACAACCCCGUUAUCCAA